CAGCAUGGCGGCGGCCACGGGUUCUUCAGACUCUGAAAGCACCGGCGACGAAGAGUGGGAGCGGUUUCGAGAAGCAGUAUGGGACGAGGGGCCCCUGGUAGCGGCGGCUUCUCUGAAGUCUUCAGACGGUGACUUCUCAGAGAGCAAGAUGCCAUCAGUUGUAUCUAGUAUCAGACAUAAGGUCAGCAAUCGUGGGCAGGAUCAGAAUGAACUGCAGACCACUCCAGAAUUUCGAGCACAUGUUGCAAAGAAAUUGGGAUCCAUCCUGGACAGUUCGAUCACCAUCUUGGAGGAAGUGUUGGUACAUGUGAAGACUUCCACAAAAGCCUCAGAGACUGAUGAUGACGGAGCCAGUGAAAAGCCAGAACCUUCACCCUUGCAAAGCAGACAACUGCAGCAUUCCAGCUCCAGUGAGACAGAUGAAGACCAAGAAUGGCAGAGAUGCCAAGAGGCUGUUGUGUCAGCAGCAGACAUCUUGAAGCAAAGUGGCCUGCAGGCACCGCUCCUGGAGCUCAGCAAUGGCCACAAGUGUGAAACCACAGAGUCCUGCCAGAAGAAGAAGAAGAAGAGAAGGAAGAAGGCAAAAGUGAAAGAAGAGAGUGACAGUGAGCAGGGCAUAAUAGAAAAGCCACGUAAGAACAAGGUCAGCGUGCGGACUGAGAAGCCCUCAUGCCUCAGCGGGGAUAAAGCAGAACAGGCAACUCUGGUUUUUACAGAGGACUCCAGUGACUGUAAGAAACCUCUGGUUGUUGCUUUAUUGGACUAUUCUGCAGUAUUUGAAAGGUAUUUGUUGCCGAUUGGAGGAGGCAGCUUGGGGUUUAUACAACUCUGGGAGAGAAUAGCUAUGGAGGAAUGCAUGUUGUGUGAAGCCUCACCCAAACCUCCUGGUAGCUCAGUUAGUACUCCUGACUCAGAAGCACUUAUAAGGGUAUAA